AUGGAGCAUCUAGGUUUUUCAUCCACAAACCUACCUUUUCAUCAUCCACGCCAACCACAAAAAAACUCUUCCUCUGUUACAGUGCUAAAGAGGUUGGACAACAGAAAAUUACACAAAAUUAAGAAGGCCGAGGAUAUUAACCAUUCUGCUCCAAGAGUGCUCACUGUAGCUAUUUCAGGAUGUACCUCAUCAGGUAAAACAACACUAGCCUUACUACUCUCAGAAAUCUUUUCUACUUUCUCAGCUACAAACAAAUCAACAGAAAACAGUUCUCCACAUGAGUCGGCGAAAGACAAUCUAGACAAUUCACAAGCUAUCAUCCCUUUCACAACCACUAUUCAUCAGGAUUCUUUCUUCAUUCCAAAGGCACACUGUCCAUUUGUCCAAUUCAAUAGCACUAAUAACGACAAAAAUUUCAUUAAAAAAAGCAUUAUCGAGAGAGAUGAAAAGCCAGUCUACACCUACUCUGGUACUGGCGCAAUAGGAGAAGGUAUUGUACAAGUUGUCGGGCCAAACACAGAUUGUAUGGAAGCGGUUGACUUUGCCAAUCUACUUCGAGAAGUUCAAGCCACGCAAAUCAAAAAAGCCGAACCAGAAAAGAUCACUCGAUUCAAAGAAGAUGCAGAUAAGAAGAAACUUGUGGAGCAAUAUUCCAGGGUGAUCACAAGCAUGCGCAAGAAAAUCAAAGAACACUCGGCAUUGACAACAAUCAAGCAUUCUUCCAGGUACGAAGGAAACGUUUUAGGUAAUAUCAAUGGAUGGGUCUUUGUGGAAGGAUUUUUGCUAUUUGGAAAACCCAUGCCUCCCAAGCAUGGAGACGUGGAGUUCCUUGAAAACACUGGAGAGCUUUCUGCAGAGGUUCCUGAAGAUUUGCAAAUGAUAGCUAAGGAAGACUUUACGUUCAAGGAGAAAGAGGUGACAAGAAUGAAGAAAGAAAGAAUCUUGUCCAAGGAAGCUUUGAUGGAGGAAUUUGAUAUUAGAUUGUUCUUGCCUACCAGCAAGGAUGUUGCUAAGCAGAGAAGAAUGAGCAGAUUUCCGUAUGUUGAUUUUCCCGCCGGUGGAAGACAUCCUGGCCAAAUGUGGAAAUCGGAAGGAUACUUUGACGAGGUUGUUUGGAAAGGUUAUGAGGAUUCGUUCGGUUGGUUGUUGAAAGAGACCGGGAAGGAAUACAUCAAUGGAGUGUUUGUAAGAACCACUGUCGAUGACACAGUCGAGAAUACUGUUGAAUGGGCGGUUGAUAUUAUUCUCGACUUUUUGACAAGCAGGGAAAUGAACCAAGAGGGCUUCUCGGACAGCAUUCGAUUCUACACCGCGCGACUUACACAAGCUGCAGGCAUUCUCCUUCGACUUCCUCAGGAUAUCACAGCUCAAGCGAAUGUCCUUCUCUAUAGAUAUUGGCUUGUAGAUGAUUUGAUGCAAUAUGAGUUCAGUGACGUAUCAGCAGCCACCCUCUAUCUAACCGCCAAAGUUUCCGCCUCUCCUCGUUCUUUUCGCAGCAUAACAAAUGUAUAUGCCUACCUCCUCUCCCAAUCCGCGUCUCUCACGACUUCUCAAAUAUCUGAAAAUGAUCCGUCAUCCUACUAUCUUUCCGAAUCUGCGUAUGUAACCUACCGCACACGACUUCUCAAUAUUGAAGGCCAAAUCUUGAAUGCUCUAGGUUUCAAUACACACGUCGCUCUUCCACAUCCACUCGCGAUUACGUAUCUUCAAACUCUCGAUGUUUUUUCAUCAGCACAUAAAAGUGGUAGCGGGAAGGAAGUCGCGAAGAAAACAAUAAAAUACCUGAAUACAGCGUUUCUGAGUCCGCAGAUGCUAUAUUUGACACAUCAGCCAUGCGCAUUAGCAGUAGCGGCAAUAUAUUUAGCGGCCAAGGAAGAGGGUGUCAAGAUGCCAGAAGAUGAGUGGUGGGAGGUAUUCGAUGUUGAGAGGGAAGAAUUGGGAUUUCUGGUAGUAGGAAUGAGGAGUUUAGAAGGGGUGGCACGGAAAGGAAAAGAAAUAUUUGGUCAGAAAGUGAUGGUUAGCAGACAUGAUAUUACGGAGGAAUUAGGGAAUAGGGGGCUGGGUCCGACUAAUGGUACGAGUAAUGGUCAUAAGAAGGUUGAGGAGGAGGAUGAAAUGACGAGAUUGAUGGAUGAGAAGAUGGAAAAUUCUUGA